AUGGAAGUGUACGCCAACUACCAAAAGAUGACUCAUCAAAAGACUAAAACAGUCCGUUCGUGGACAUUGAAAGAGGAUUCAUUGCUUGUUGAAGCAGUAAAUCAGUUUGGGAAAAACAACUGGAGAAGUGUAGAAGAGGUUGUUAUGACACGAACACGAAAACAGUGCAGAGAACGCUAUUUGAAUCAUCUGGACGACUCUGUAGAGAAGCGUGCUUGGACACAAGAAGAAGACGAUAUUAUAAUGAAAAGAAGAACAGCAAUAGGAAACAAGUGGACAAGAAUAGCUCAAGAGUUGAAGGGAAGAAGUCCAAAUGCAGUCAAAAACAGAUUCUUUGGGCACUUGAAUAAAUUCCACAAAACCAAUCAAAGAAAUGAAACAAUCAGUGAGACAACCACAUUCGAAUUGUCACCGAGAAACUUGUCUGCUUUUUCGGUGGUAGAAAGAAGUCUUUAUUAUGUCUAUUAG